AUGCGGCAUACCGAAGAAUUGCUACGCUUGGAGGAAUCUUUUGACAGCGAUUCAUCCUUGUCAGACAAUGGAGAACGAACCUCGCAAUGGGCGGAACAACAGUUGAACGCAGCACCUGAUGAAUGCGAAGAGGAGCCGCAGCGUAGCCGGUCGGCCGAUAUGGUGCAACGAGUGCCUACCAACAACCCGGCCACAGCGUCAGGACAGCAGAGUGAGUAUCUGGCUCAGCCACAACGCGAUGCGCAGGUCCGCGCCAGGGAACAGCAGCAACGCCUCCAGCAGGUUCCAGUCUCGGAGCGGCAGCUGUGCGAGCAGUUUAUCGGCAUGGAUAUGCAGCAGCGGGCUGUGUUGCAGCAGCAGCGGUGUGGUGCGUUCCCCGUCCAGGCGCAAGGCCCCGCGCAGGUUCCCGAUACGCAGCAGCAGCGGAGUGGUGUGUACCCCGUCCAGGUGCAAGGCCCCGUGCAGGUUCCCGAUUCGCAGCAGCAGCGGUGUGGCGUGUACCCCGUCCAGGUGCAAGGCCCCGUGCAGGUUCCCGAUUACCAGCAGCAGCGGUGUGAUGUGUACCCCGUCCAGGUGCAAGGCCCCGCGCAGGUUUCCGAUACGCAGCAGCAGCGGAGUGGUGUGUACCCCGUCCAGGUGCAAGGCCCCGUGCAGGUUCCCGAUUACCAGCAGCAGCGGUGUGAUGUGUACCCCGUCCAGGUGCAAGGCCCCGUGCAGGUUCCCGAUUCCCAGCAGCAGCGUUGUGGUGUGUACCCCGUCCAGGUGCAAGACCCCGUGCAGGUUCGCGAUACGCAGCAGCAGCGGAGUGGCAUGUACCCCGUCCAGGUGCAAGGCCCCGUGCAGGUUCCCGAUUACCAGCAGCAGCGGUGUGAUGUGUACCCCGAACAGGUGCAAGGCCCCGUGCAGGUUCGCGAUACGCAGCAGCAGCGGAGUGGCAUGUACCCCGUCCAGGUGCAAGGCCCCGUGCAGGUUCCCGAUUCGCAGCAGCGGUGUGGCGUGUACCCCGUCCAGGUACACACCCAGGAGAAUGUUUCUACGUUGGAAGAGCAUAAAUGUAGCCCGUACCCCGUCCAGGUACGAUGCAACGCGCAGUCGUGCGACACGUAUAGGAAGGAGUCCAGUGCGUACCCUGCCCAGGUACAAUUACGUACUCAAGUCCCCGGUCCAGAGCAGCAAAUGUAUGGUGCCUACUCCAGCCAGGUACAACAGCAACCACAUUUUAGAGUUGCGGAUCCGGCAUACCCCGUCAUGCGUCCCGAACAGAUGCAACCGUCUUACUUAGAAGGUAUUGCCCCGCAACAGGCCGCCGUCCGUACCACGGAGCGGCUGCGAAGGUUACGGCUGCGGCUAGGUACAAGCCCAGCACCACCACCACCAGCCUAUCUGAGCUGA